AUGUCUGUGGACUAUGUUUUACCUAUCACCAAUCGUUCACCGGACUUCGUGAAUCCGACGUUCGUCUCAACGGCAGGACCGUGGUUCGACUACGUUGUUGAUAAAUACUCAGGGAACCCUCCAUCGUACAUCACUGAGAAGGGAGAACGAUACACUUCUGUAUUGCGGCAUUCGUGGAUGUUCGAUUGUAAACAGACUGUCAAUAAGGCUCUCCGUGAAAUCGUCGACCGCGUUUUGGAACAAGUACGAAACGUCGACGCGGUUUAUCCCGAUCGUGUGCAGAUAUUCGAACCUACUCAACGCUUGGUCGAAGCGCCUCCUCUUAGCUCAGCCUCGGAGCCCUCCCCUUUGAAACGUUAUUAA